ACACACAACACAGGUGAGGAAACAGGAAAUAUAAGUACAGAUGAUCUCUUGGUUUCUGUCUCGUUCUACUGUUCGCUCAAGCGCACACACACACACACACACAGACACACACACACACACACACACACACAGGAGGACAGACACAAAUGCAGAUCGCAGUGCAUGACAGCGACUGGCUGAGCGGUCGUGUUGUUGCGUGAAGUUUGUCUUCUCAGAUCAGUUUGUGGAAUAAGACUUAAAAUGAUAAUGGAUGAGGAAAUUUCUUUUUUUAAAAUGUUAGUUCUUUGGAUUAAAGCAAUAUAAAAAAAUUAUGAGAAUACAUUUAGAAGCAUAUUAUUUCUACUCAAUCAUUAUUUGGUUAUUAUCAUUUGUUGUUUGAUGGUAUUUUUUUUUUAGCAGAUUAUCGAGCGUUGCUGUUGAGUUGUGUAUAUUUUGAAUAAAGUCCCUUUAGGGACACGAGCAGGCAAACAAUCCUAGGUUAUGAAUGCUGUGGUAUGUGGCUCCAGUCCGUGAUAUGUACUCGUCCCUAUGAGAUUAAACAUUCAUGUCAUUUCUUUUCAUAAUGAUUUAUUUUGUUCAUUUCAGUGUAACCCAAAACAAUUUUACGAAACAAACAAUACAUCUAUACAAAUGGCCAUUCUUUUUUUUUCCCAAUCAAAACCAAAUCAAUGCUAUACUACUACAAUUACAUUAAUCAUUAGCUAUCAUCAGGACUUUAUUAAUACUUCAUACAUUCACACAGUUUCAUUAUUUGUUCUCUGUAAUUCUUUUUAAAUUGAAAAAUAUUUGAGCAAUGUUUGAAAUCAUUGUCCAGAGAAUUUCCAUAGUUUCAUAUUCAGAAAUACACAUCUGCAUGUGGACUUUUUGAAAUUGUGUUUCCACGCUCAAUCCUCAUCAUUCCAUAUGAACAGCUUCUGUAUAUUUUCCAUUUCUGGCUUUAAACAUAACCAGUGAUAUUUUUACAUCAACUAAAUCUUUUCAGUCUCGGCUCUUGUGACGUCAAUCGCAUAAAUGUGAUGACUGUAUUCGGACGUGACCGGGCGUGUUGGUGAAUUGGCGUCAUGCACAAGCGUACCGUACAUUGAUAAGUUGGAAAUGAUUCUCUCUGAUUUACGGUUUGAGUUGCACAGCUCUGACGUGACAUCCCGACGACGACACUUGACUCUCGCCCUGCUCCCCCCGCCAGGUGCCAUGAGCAGCGAGCUGAACGUGCCCAUGGGCUCUCCGGCCCCGGGCGCCUCGGAGCAGGACGGCGGCGGCGGCGGCGGCGGCGGCGGCGGCGGGAUGGACUACCGGGACUGGGUGCGGCGCAGCUACCUGGAGCUGGUCAGCUCCAACCACCACUCGGUGCAGGCCCUGUCCUGGAGGAAGCUCUACCUCAGCCGGGCCAAGCUGAAGGCCUCCAGCAGGACCUCGGCGCUGCUCUCCGGCUUCGCCAUGGUGGCCAUGGUGGAGGUGGAGCUGGAGAUGCAGUACAGUUACCCGCGCGUGCUGCUCAUCGCCUUCAGCGUGUGCACCACCGUGCUGGUGGCGGUGCACCUGUUCGCGCUGCUCAUCAGCACCUGCAUCCUGCCCAACGUGGAGGCCGUCAGCAACAUCCACAACCUCAACUCGGUCAGCGAAUCGCCGCACGAGCGCAUGCACCUCUACAUCGAGCUGGCCUGGGGCUUCUCCACGGCGCUGGGCAUCCUGCUGUUCCUCACCGAGGUGGUGCUCCUCUGCUGGAUCAAGUUCCUGCCCGUCGACGCCGGCGGGGCGGCGAAGGCGCCGCCGGUGGCCGGCGGCAACGCGACGGACGCCGCGGCGACGAAUCCCUCGCCCGUGGUGCAGAACAGCGGCUGGCAGGCGGCGCUGGCCUCCACCAUCAUCAUGGUGCCGGUGGGCGUGAUUUUCCUGGUGUUCACCAUUCACUUCUACCGCUCGCUGGUGCGCCACAAGACGGAGCGCCACCACCAGGAGAUCGAGGAACUGCACAAGAUUAAGAUCCAGCUGGACGGCCACGAGAGAGGCCUCCUGACUGUGUGAGGACGCCACGGCAGCUUUUGAGAACCUUCCACUCUCGUGUCCCAUGUUUAACGAGCCCCUCCCUGCGCUGACGUCGGUUCCCGUCGUUGACGACGCCUCGCUUGGACUCGGAGGCGCUGAGCUUUAAAGCUCCUCCCCUCUUUUGCGAUACACACGGCUGCGACGCGUCGCACCGCUUAACUUAUUCUUAAGGUCAAUUUGUGUGGUAGGGUUUCGUGCGUUUGUCUUGUUCUUAGAUCUGUCGUCUGUGUUCGGUCGAGGAUAAAGUCUAAAGAAAAAAAAAAGAAAGAAGGUUUACAGUUAAAGGGCUAUAAGGUUCUAUAUGCCAAUGCAUUUUUGUUUUUGUCAUGUUUUGUGUUUUCCCGGUCGGGGGAGGUGCGUGGUCGUGGUUCCAUUCAGGGUCCGGUUCCACGUCGGCAACGUACCUGGAUUCACUCUGAUCCAAUGUAGAAAGGAUUUAGGGUCACAAGCUCCUCCUUUUUUUUUGUUUUUUUUGCCGUUUAACAAAUUAACAUUAGAGCCACAAGCAAGUUGCCAUGACGCCAAAAUGUAACGUGGUUAUUAAAUAACCUAGUUGUGACGGUGCCACGAAAGAAAAGUACUUUAUACCUUUAAAAGCUGAUGCUUUUAGUCGUAAAAUGUGCAAAUUUCAAAAAAGUUAAAUGGAUUCGAGAAGUGAUUGAAGGAGAUUUCUUAGGAUUUAUAUUCACUGUUCACACUGUCAGACUCUGUGUGUGUGUGUGUGUGCGUGCGUGCGCUCGCUCGUGUGUGUGUGUGUGUGUGCUCGUGUGUGUGCUCGUGUGUGUGCUCGUUCAUGGGGGCCGAGAAACUACCACCAGAGUCUUAAACGUAUUGCAUUAACGUAAAACAACAUGUCCACUGUGGUUUUUUUUAAUGUUCAAAAACCUCCUGCACGCCUCGAACCCUCCGAUCAUCUUCUUCCUUCGAAAAGCUUUUAUUGACCACAGAUCCUGUGUCGAAUUCUGCAAACUGAUGCUGCUCAAGUCGCUUAAAUAUGAAUGUGCUACUGUCCAAAUACAGUCCCGCCUUUAAAGAAUCAGCGCCUGCCUUUUUAUGUUUUAUGAACUACUGAUUUAACAUGAGCUGAUCUUGUUUUCCUGGGAAUCUACUUAAGCGUAAUGAAGUUUAAACCAAUAAAGUUUAAACACCGAGUCGCAUCAAGGACGCUCAAACGGUUUCGUUUCGUGAACUCCAGUUUAUGUUUCUGAACUUUGUAGGUUUUCCAGUAAGCGUGGCGGCUUAACGGCAGGAGUCUGCUUCUUGGACGAGGGUCAGAGUUUGUUACUGCGUUUGAAAAGAAAAAGAAGGGACACUUUCAAUCACAACCCGUUUUUCACAUUCCAAAUAAGAUGACUGACCAAAGUGUUGCUCGGCCGCGCGUUCGUCUCGCUUCUCGCGACGAGACGAAAAGGAAAAAGGAAAAACAAAAGUGCACUUGUAGCUUUUAGUCGCGACUUUGUCUCGUGCCUGUGGAUCUGUGCUUCUCGAAUGUAAAACUGCAGGACGACGUGUCGGACGGUGGAAUUCAAAGCCUGCCACUUGACUUUUAAAAAUAAACAUGAUGUGUACAUAUGCUAAA